UUGAGCAUUUUUCAAGUGAGAACUGCAUGCAUCAACUCAACAGAAAUACGACUCAAAUUAAAUUUCUGCCAGACUUAUUCCAACCAAAUCUCUUGCCAGUCAACUAUAUUUACUACCGCAACAAAUUUUGGGAUCGUCACCCAGACCCCAACUAUUGCCACAGGUUCGCCUACCAGCCACUUUGUCCUCCGCCCUCAUGAUUUUCGUGGAAAAUAUUUUUCAGUGGGAGCAUGGCAAACAUGGGGUAAAAUGCGACGUCCACGGACAGCGUUCACCAGCGAGCAACUAAUCGAGCUGGAGCGCCAGUUUGGCGAGAACAAGUACCUCAGUCGUCCG